UGUUAGCUGCUUUCUGCUCAGAUACUGCUCUGUUCUUUGAUGCUUCUCUGAAUAUUUUUCUCAAGGUUUUAUGUCUCUUGCAUUUUUUAAGAAGCAGUGAAUAAGAGUGAUUACUUAGUGAAGAGGGUAAUUUAUUUUUUUUAAGUGUAAUGUGGCUCAUUCCUGUCAUGGUCCCUUUAAGGGGCCCUUCAAUAAUGACUUGCAGUGGAACUGUCCGUGGUGCUGAUGGGAAAAGCUUUCAGCCUGAGCCUGUUGUGUUUCUGAAUACAAACGCCCAGCCACCUGCCUGCAGAAAUCCUGCUGGAGAUUUAUAACAUGCAAUUGGGAUCAUGUCACCAACGUUAUCCCUCUCUGGGGGUUUGACACAGUUCCCUGUUUGCGCAGUCUCUAUCUGGCAGCCCUCCCUUAACAGCUGGAAAAAAUGGCGCUGAACAAUUUCCUCUUCGCCCAAUGUGUCCUGUAUUUUCUGGCAUUUUUGUUCAGCUUCAUCGCUGUCAUCCCUCUGAGUGAGAACAGCACCGACUUCCAUGGAAAAUGCCUCCUGUUUACCGAGGGCAUGUGGCUGAGUGUCAAUAUUACAAUGGAGAGGGAGCACUUCACGGUGGAUGAGUGGGGGCCGGAGUCUGCCUGCAGGUUCAGUGUAAUCACCGGGCUCCUCUCAUUGCUGGCGUCUGCUGUGCAGGCCUGGAGGAGCCUCUACUUCCUCUGCAAGGGCCACGAGCACUCUUUCUUUUAUGCUUUCCUGAAUCUGCUGAUCAGCUCCUUUGUGGUUUUUCUCAUAUUUAUUGCCAGCACCAUUGUCAGUGUUGGAUUUAACAUGUGGUGUGAUGCCAUUACAGAAAAAGGAAGCCUUCCUCAAAGCUGUGAAGAACUUCAGGACCGUGACCUAGAACUUAAUUUAGAAAACUCAUCAUUCUAUGAUCAAUUUGCCAUUGCACAGUUUGGAUUGUGGGCAGCCUGGCUGACUUGGCUGGGAAUAACCAUUCUGGCAUUCUUGAAGGUUUAUCACAACUACAGACAAGAGGACCUCCUGGACAGUCUGAUUCACGAAAAGGAGCUGCUGAUAGGGAAAUCCCCUUCAAGAAAUUCUAUGCAGGAAGAGAAAAGUGCCAUUGUUUAAUUUCAGUGAAUACCACGUUUCUGAAUCACUAGCCAGUGUAAUGUAUUACUAUCUGUAUUGAUGGUUUUUAACUGGGAGUAGCUGGGUGGAAUCUUGGUGACAGAAAUCGAACCAAAAUUCUGGGAUGCCGAUUGGGGCAAAAACAUAAAAUCCUUACAUGGGAGCUGUUUAUGGACAGGAGUGCCUUCUUGUAAUUCAAACAAUAUAUUACGUAAGUUGCAUGAAAUGUGCAGAAUGGAAAUAACAUUUGCUUUACUUUAAAAUUAAUUUAAAUAUCAACUUUUUGCUUAGUGGCUUAAAACUAGCAGACUGUCUCUUAUAUCAGAAUACACUUUACGGUACUAAUAUAAAAUAUGUUUCAUUAAUGUAUGUAGUAUGUGAAGUGCUGAUGUUGCAGUAUAUUAUUAUUAUUACAUAUCAUGAUUGAAGAAGGCAGAUCUCUAUUGCCAUGGAAGAUAAUAGCUAUAUAUGACAAUUACUCCUAAUAUGACGUUCUGAAGCUGAAUAUUAUUGUAUAUGAACUGUAAAAUAAUGCAGUCCGUUCUUUUGUUCCUGAACGGGAAAUGGAAACUAAUUGAGUAGGCUGCAAGUAUUGGAUAUACAGUUGUGGAGCCAUCAAAAUCACAAAGAAAUCUGCUUUUCUGCCCUAUAUCUCCCAAUUAAACCCCAGACACUCUGUGAUGUGACAAGAACCCACCAUUAAAUACAAGUCCUGUUCCUCCUGGGUUCUGUAAAUGUGGCUAGGCCCCCAUUAAGAUGUCCCUUUUCAAUGGUAGCCCUGUUCAGUAAUUUGAAGCCUGCAGGACAAGGCAGUGCAGAAAAAAGUGGGGAGCAGACCUUGUGACCAGUGAGGACUUGCAGAUGGAAGGGGGCCUGGUAAAUGUCAGCUCCCCCUUAAUGCCCCCCAAGCAGUUGGAGAACCCCUACAUUUGGCACCACCCUACCUCUUGCAUCCUGCUAUUCAUAUGGGUUGUUGUAGGGCCUGCAGGUGUGGUGUUGGUCAUGGGUGUUGCUCCCUAGUUCACCACUUUAACAAGAGUUGUAUGUAAAUAAUUUCAGCUACCUAUGAAUGUAGGAGUCAACGUACGUUUGCCUUAGGACACAAAAAAAUCCCUUUAAAUUGAAAGGAAAAUAUAAAAAAUAUAAAAAGGUGCACAAUGGCCACUUUGCUAAUGGCGCUUAAGUCUUGGUUCAUUUGAAUAAGAAAUAUUUUAAAAAAUGAUUCUUUGGGGAUUGGUACGAUGUCCAGAUUCUCCAGCUUUUUGAAUGUGUCAGUACCUGGCAGAUCUUUAAAGGGAUACUGUCAUGGGAAAAUAGUGUUAAUAGUGCUAUUCCAGCAGACUUCUGCAUUGA